AGGCAGGCAGGCACAUAGAUAUCCUCAAUAUUUAGAUACGACGCGUCCGUUUGGUUACGUGCCUACAGCGAUGCAAAGGGUUACCAACGACGUACAAUCAACACAAGGGAACUGUGAAUAACCUUUUAUAGUGAGGCGACGACCUUGUUUUGGCCAUUCUUUGCUACGGCGAAAACGAAGAAUAGGGAGGGCCGUGGUUAGCAUCCCCAAGCUAACGUCGGUCGCCAACAUAUGAGCUCCAUCUUAAGACAGCCGCCCGUCUCAACUACCUUUUAAUGAAUUCGAUUUUGCUUGCAGGUGAAGGUGGAGGAAACAUGGUCCGCUUUCCUCUCACCGCCGGCGUGACACUUGGAGGAGCCCAGCGGGAUCGUGGCACAUCGCGUCAUGGCUGCUAGCAGCUACACGAGCCCUUUUGAGGGCACGGGUGAGGUGAAGGAGGGCUUCCUUUGCCCGCUUUGCUUCAAGGACUUGCAGUCAUUCUACCAACUCCAAGAGCACUAUGAAGACGAGCAUUCUGGGGAGGGCCGCCACGUUCGAGGACAGCUGAAAAGUUUGGUCCAGAAGGCAAAGAAAGCCAAAGACAAACUUUUGAAGAGGGAUGGAGACGACAGACCAGAUGCUGGCAGUUAUGAGUCCUUCUACUACGGCGGAGUCGACCCGUAUAUGUGGGAGCCUCAGGAGCUGGGAGCAACAAGAAGUCACUUGGACCUGUUUAAGAAGCAGCGUGCCGCCAGGAUUGAUCACUAUGUCAUCGAGGUGAACAAGCUCAUCAUCAGACUGGAAAAGCUGACAUCCUUCGACAGGACCAACUCUGACGCAGCCAAAAUCCGAGCCGUCGAGAAGUCGGUCGUGUCCUGGGUGAACGACUCCGACGUCCCUUUCUGUCCCGACUGCGGAAGCAAGUUCAACAUUCGGAACCGACGGCACCACUGCCGUCUCUGUGGCUCCAUCAUGUGCAGGAAGUGCAUGGACUUUGUCCCCUUGCCACUUGCUCAAAAGCUCAUCAAUGGGACGCGUGAGGCUCUGAGUGUGCCUUGUAGCCGCAGUCAGUCCCAGUCUCCCGGCGGGAUGAGUUCCAGGAGAGGCAGCCUGAGCAGCCUGAGCAGCGUCACCUCCAUGCUGGACGAGAAGGACGACGAGAAGAUUCGCUGCUGUCGUCACUGUAUGGACACGCUGUUAAAGAGGCAGCACAAGUUGGAGGAGAGAGAUUUUGUGCCUGAUAUAGUCAAGCUUUACGAGAGGCUGAGAAAGUGCAUGGAGAAGGUGGAUGAAAAGGCCCCAGAAUACAUCAGGAUGGCCGAGUCGCUCAACGCCGGAGAGACGACGUACAAUCUUGACACAGCGGGUGGACUUAGACUGGAAGUCCAGAAAUACUAUGAACUAAUUGAUGCUCUAAGCAAGAAGAUUCUGACUUUGGGAAUGAAAGACGAGCCACAGCCGCAUCCAAAGGUGCUCCAGCUGCAGAGGAUGGUGCGCUAUACAGCUACGCUUUUUGUCCAGGAGAAGCUGCUCGGGCUCAUGUCCUUACCAACUAAGGACAAAUAUGAAGAGCUGAAAGAAAAGAGAAAACAGGAACAAGAGAGGAGACUACAACAAGAGCGACUGGCAGCUCAGGAGUCCGAGAGGAAGCGUUCACCCGCCGGCACCAAUGGAGAGCUGCCGCAGGGCCCCCGAGCACCGCGCGUGACCAAAGCCGGAGGCUGGCUGCCAUCCUCUGACCCCGGCCGUGCACGCGGCGAUGCGCUCGAGGACCCCCUCCUGCAGCAGAUCGACAACAUCCGCUCGUUCCUCCGGCAGGCGCGCGAGGCCCGCAGGACGGACGAGGUGGCGAUGCUCGAGGAGAAUUUGCGUCAGCUGCAGGAUGAGUACGACAGGCAGCAGACCGGCCUGGCCAUCGCGCUCUCGCAGAAGCUGCAGGAGGAGGAGAACUUGCGACGGGAUGAGCUGCUCCGCCUGGAGGCCCGGGAGAUGGAGGAGAGCGAGCGAAGGGUUCCCGCUGGGCCGGCCUUCGCCUGGGAGGCCACUUUGGAGAAUAGCCGUCCUGAAGGUCGUUUUCAGGAAGAGGCCUGCACAGAAGAGGAUUUAACCCCAAAAGAUGAAAGCUCUGUUGAGAACCAGGAUGAGCAGUCCCCUCCGAGGCUCAGAAGCUUAGGCGGCCAGCUUACGCCCCCUAGCGGAGAUGGACACAAAAACCCUUUCCUCAAAGAAGGCUCGACUCCCACCGAGGAGGAUCCGUCUAAUCCCUUCUCUGAGGACAUCAAGAGGGAGCACAGAGAAGUGACCAACGGAAAGAAAGAAUACUACAACCCUUUUGAGGAGGACGAGGAGGAGGAGGACAUGCAGGCUGACCGUGUUCCCGGCAACCCCUUCGAGGAGGAGGCAGACGACUCCGACACGGACAGCGGUAACUGCGGUAACCCCUUCACGGAGGAUUCCAAAGCUGGCCCCUCCACCAAUCCCUUUGACUGCGACGACGACAACGUGGACUUGAUAGAGGAAGAACUGUUGCUGCAGCAGAUAGAUAACAUCCGGGCCUACAUGUUCGACGCCAAGCUCAGCGGUCGGCCGGACGAAGUGGCGCUGCUAUCGGAAAACCUGAGAGAGCUACAGCGCACCCUACAGGAGCAGAAAAGGAACAAGCAGUGAAGUGGCCUCUUCAAGCAUAUAUCCAAUAUCGUUGACAUCCAGCUUAAGAUCAAUGUACUAGUAUGUUCUUUGUCGCUAGUAAGACAAUUCAGCGCACUAGUAGAACCAUCGUGUAUUGUUGUUCGACGAGAGUUUAGAAAUGUUAUAAAGUUGUGGAAACUUGUAAAAGACAAUUGUUCCACGAGUGCACUGAAUUGUCUUACAGGCUGACAGCACAACAGCUGGAUCGACCACUCUCCUUCAUAUCCAGCUUAACGUCGUCCUAGUAAGCCGAAAGUACUUGCAUUGCAAGAAAGAAACUGGUUCUACUAGUUCGCUGAACUUUACUAGUGAGGAAAAAAGAGCAUAGUAGGUGAAGCUGCUAGCUAUCAAGAUUAGGGCCCAGCCGAUUUAAUUGGCCAAGAGGAGCCCUGUUCAAAAUCGGCCAAAAUUGGUAAACUUUUUUUUUUUUUUUUUUUUUUUUUUUUUAAACAAGAGAAAUAUGACAUUCAAACAAACAGAAAAAAAUCUGCAAAAAAAAAAAGUUGUGAAGUUAAAUACUAAAGGAGAAAGUCUUCUAAAGGAGUAAAAGGUUCUGCCUGUAUUUCAAAUCUUCAUUAUUGUAAACAUUAAGGGACCAAAAACAUUUUACUUUAUUCAUUAUAUACUUUUUAAAUGCUUCGGCUAUCGGAAUUUUAUUCUGACAAAUAUCAGUAUGGUCAGUUGGGCCCUAAUCAAGGAUAUGGAAUAAAUGUUCUGACGGCAUUCCGUAGGCCGGCGGCACGACAACGGAUCGAGCGCUCUCCAUGUCUUGCGGCUUUCCCUUGUUGAAAUUACGUUUAUUAACAGGAAAAAUCAAAUGAUGCCACAAUAUUAGUUAUUUGCACAGUUAUGAACAAGUUUGAAGAGCACAGCUGGAAAAAGGACACGAAAGAGUUUGGUAUGAAGAUUUACCCGCACGGCGAGAAGCGACGGGCGUCCGCUCCCCGCCGCUUCUUCUGUGCGACGUGGGGGAGUUAAAGACGCAAUGCGCACGACGACGCCUUUCAUGUGGAACUGGGAUGGCGAUGGCUUGCAGGGGGUCAUCCGAGCUGAAGAUCCGAGACAAGUGCAGCAGCAGCCAGAAUGUGAUUGGCUCUGCAGUCGAAACUAUGAGUUGCUUUGAACAAAAGGUGAGGGGUGUCAAAACAUGACGCCGGUUUGCCAAGUCAAUGGUUGGGGUGGGGGGAGAGUAUUUGUAUCCUUCACGGCCGGUGCUGCUAUUAAUCCAAAUGUGCACUCCUGCUUUUGGACACUUGACCUCAAGAUGUUCAACGAGCAGUGAAGACAGUGUGGGUCAAUAUCACUAUGAUGUGCCUUGGGGAAACUCAUUGGAUGUACAAAACGUCAUUUUGGCUCAUCCCAUACACUGCCAACUACAGUGUGUAAUAAUGAUACAUGAUAAAUGGUACACGAUCAACAAUAUUUUACAUUCUUUUACUCUACCCGCGAAGUUAUUGGAUAAAACGAGUCAUUCGGUUUCGAUCGUGUAUUCGGUUUUCAUGGUCAUGUUGAACCAUUUCACUUAUCGUGGGGUCAGGCGGAAACCUCGCACCUUCAAAACCACCACUUUUCACGAAACCCCGACAGCAGCGUGUUUGUUGAGCCAUUAAAAUUGUGGCAUCGUUAAAGAGAGCAAAUUGUUUUCAACACUUCAUAUUGGUCAGUCAUUUGUAAAAAUACCAGACCCAUGUGGGAACUGACCAAUAAUAUUGAUUUGUGAAAAAAUAUGAAAUUGAGCAAAUUUGGACAUAGGUUUUGGUCCAACGGCAGUGGUUUGUCCCUGAAAUUGCUGUCCACCCUGUCGUCAUGGGGUAAACUUAACGAAAUCCUCUGAACUGAAUCGUGUUGCUAAGUGAAGGUCAACCAUGUGCUCUUCAAAUGCUAACGUGAGCCAAAAAUGUCCACCCUGUCAGCAAGCUCGCAUAUUUUGCAGUCUGGUUGCGGUUAAUAUUUUAUUUAUUUAUAUAUAUAUAUAUAUAUAUAUAUAUAUAUACACACACACACGAGCGCUUGACCAAUAUGCAUUUCGAACAGCAUAUCAUCUACUUGAAUUCAAUGGAAAAUCUGGGGGGUGAAAUGGGGAAUUCGCAAAGGCACCUUAUGCUGAUAUUGACUUGUGAAUGGAUGCAUGUAUUAACAUUUGCCAGUGUACUUUUCUUGUUUUGUGCUCGUGGGUGCGUGCGUAAAAUACUAAGUGGUGACGACCCCGCAGCUGACACUGGCGCACGUGUACGCUACUUGCUGCUUUCUGAACUGACGCAUGCACACAAAAUGAAUGCCAGAAAGUAUUGUCACUGACUCACUAAAUGUUUUCUAGCCCUGCAAACAACUCUCAGAGCCUCUUCAACUGCUAACACUUGUGUAGGGUAUUACUGUUUGAUAUAUUGGAGAAUGACAACAUUUUGGACAGUUUAUUCACCUGUGCGCACAAGUAAACAAAUGAUUUCA